GUCUCCACACAUGCAGUCAUAGAUUUCUGUCUCAGUUCAUGCCCAAGAAACGGAGAAGAAUGUUGACAAAAUUAUUCUACAUGUUCCGGGUAAUGAAUUGUGUUUGGUUCCACUUACUGCUGGUACCCGUGACAGGACAGUUAGCUGCUGAUGAUGGAGCACCAGAAGGUUCCAAUCCUCUUCGGCCAUAUUUAACGGUGGCUAUUGUCCUGCUUGUGAUGGUUCUGCUAGUGUGCCUUGCAGCUAUCAUUGGAGUAGCUCUCAUCUAUUUUAAAUUGAGCCAGAUCCAGAAAAUGCUGUCAGAAAAAGAUGAAGAGACAUAUGCACAAAUUGGCACCAACCUGCCUCAUUUUACACAUGUAAAAAAGGAUCAGGACCUGACCAAUAACAGCACAAACAUGAAAGGAAACAACGGCAUCGUGGAAACAGGCAAUGAACAGGACAGGGAAAAGAGGCCCAGCAAUUGUCGUUACCUCAAGCUUCCUGACAAGGUAGUUCAAGCCAUUUCUCUGGAGUUCCCUAAAGAAGCGAAACAUGACACAGAAGCAACAGCACACUCCAAAGGAGCCAGAAUGAAUGGACAAUUGACAGAGGAUAUCCCAAAAUAUUCCUCACCACCAUCUUACGAUAAUUUUUCCAGGAACAGCUCUCCAGCAGAGCUGAAUAAUUCCCAGAGGAACAUCCCUCAGCAAUCCAAAGAAUCUCAAACAUUCAGUCCUGCUGCAAGCAAUGACUCCAACAUUACUCAAAGUAACCAGAAAGCUGCAAAGAAGACAAAGGUGCAGCCAGCAGCAAACAUCCCCGAGCCCUCUUCUCUUGACUCAAAUAAUUAUGCCAUUUAUGAUGUUCCUCGGCCUUGCACUUGCUCCCCGACGUGCCAUGGUGUUCCGUGGCCUUCUCCAGCUUCAGAUUUCCACCACAACCCCUUGAAGCGCUCCUUCAGUGAAAUUGGCCCUUCUGCUUUUGAAGUACCCCUUGAAAUAGUCCAGGAUAACAAGUAUGCAGUGCCCAGACCUGUGACUUUUCCAAGCCAUGGAAACUAUGAAACUGAAUUUAAAGAUAUGACAAAAUCAUCAUCCAAGGACUCGGGUGUGCUUUCCUGCGUAGACUCCCAGUUGCUGGAUUUCAUACCUGAGGGGAAUGAGCCCCAUCUUGACUCAAAAAAUAAUCUGGAGAACAAGCAAAGACAAGUUGCUGAUAAGGAAUCCAUUGAAAACAAAACUGUAUUUAUUUAACAUAAUGGUUAACUAGGAAUCCUGAGCAUUCAUAAAAUAAGCAGUUUGCCUGUCAAUUUCAAAAGAAAGGUUUAUCAUGUACACUUUCAAACAAAACUGAUGGCAACAUCCAGUGUUAUUGAUCAUAAGUCUAAUGAUUUCAUUGGAACAUUAUUUUAUUGCUGGCUAUAAGUUUAGACUUCUAGUAUAACUAAGUGAAGGUGCACUAGUUUACCAGCUUUUUAUUUCAGUAAGAGCAGUCCCAGUCCAUAGCAAGCAGAAAUAUCUAGAUCAAGCAAUUAUGACUCUGAGGUACAUCCUAGGAUGUGCUGGGACCUGCCAUCACUGAUGUAACCCGGGGUCACUGGGUGUGCUGGGGCUUUCAACCCUCACCCAGGCGACCCAGCCAGGGUUGAUCAGGCCCCGGCUUGUGUACCAGCAGCACUGAUCUACGGUCACACCUCUUGAUCCAUAGCCAUCUGGAGGCUCGCUCAGCAGCCCCUGUGAUGGUCCUGAUGGCUCUUUUCUUUGCAGCCCCCAUAAUGCCAAGGAGAGACUAGCUUCUGCACAGUGAGCUGCCAGCAAAACCUUGAAGACAGGGGACACCUUAGAGAGAACUCCAACCUUUGGUCCAACAACAUACAAAAACAUAACAACACUCUAGAGCACUGACUUAGAUAGCAAAGUAUUCUAUUGGAGCAAAAUAGCUGUAUAGUAUUUAUUUCAAUUGCAUUGUUCAUCAUACAUACAUCUCAAUAAUAUGUAAUCUGAGCAUUACAAUUUGGAAGGAUGUAAAGACUUUGAUAAUUGUGCUGCAAACUUCUCCCAGAAGAGCACAGAGCUGGGAGUUCAACAAAUUGGAACUAGAGAAAAUGCUGUGCUUGUUCUAUCCUGAGCAGAGAAGGUUAAGAAAUUAAAAAUGUUGCUCCUAAGUCUGAGGUGCUUUUAUAGAAUGAACAAAUUUGCACUGGCAGAAUGAUCAGAGAGUAAAGUACUUAAAAGUAAGAGAAUUAGGAAGAAAGGUCACCAGUGACACAAUGGGUGGGAGAACGCUGGAAGCCUCUAACCUUGCCAUGCCAAGCAAAUGCAUGCAGUCAGCUAAACGUCUGAUCCAGUAGGUGGGUAGCUGCAUAACUUUGAGCUGUAUGAGCCAAUCACUGGGGAACCAGGAAAUUUAAGCCAACACUUAUGCUAGUUAUUAGUUGUAGCUUCUAGGAGAAUCUUGGGAUCGGGAAGAGAACACCAAGGACAAAGAGGUGUAAACAUCUUUUUAGGACCGACGUAGCAUGACUCUUCUGGCCCUGGAUUCUCUUCCCAUAAUCAUCACGUAUGGACAAACCACGGUAAAGUCAUGCCAUGAACUGCAGCAAAAUAAGUCUUCAAAUAAUCUGACAAAAGGGCAUUAGUGCAAAAUGCCAACUCUGUUGCCUCACCACAGAUGUUGCCUGACCAGCUGAGAUACUUUAAAUAGGUAAAACUGGUAAAUUGAUUUAAUAUUGUCACAAGUAAAGAGGUACAAAGAAAACUUGUUUUGCAUGCCAUCCAUACAGAUCAUUUCAUUACAACAGUGCAUUGAGGAGCUACAAGGGAAACCAGUAACAGGAUACAGAAUAAAAUAUUAUAUUUACAGAGGAAGUGCAGUGUAGGCAGCCAAUAAAAUGCAAGUUCUUAACAGUGUAGAUCACAGAAUCAUGAGUCCAUCUUACUGUACCAAGGAGCUGUUCAAAAGUCAUAUAACAAUAGGAUAGAAACUGUUCUUGAGCCUUGUGAUACAUGCUUUCAACCUUUUGUAUCUUCAGCCUGAUGUGAAGGGGCUGUGGAGAGAAUGCCUAGGGUGGGUAGGGUCUCUCUGAUGUGCUGGACUGUGCCUAAAGCUCUCUGCAGAUCCUUGCGGUCUCAGGCAAAGCAGAUCCCAUACCGAGCUGUGACAUAUCUGCAUAGGAUGCUUCAUAUGUUUUGUUUUGUUUUUAUUUCAAUGUUCCAGCAUUUUCAUUUUUCAAUAACUAUGGUGUUACACGGCUGAAGCAACAAACUGAAAUUAAUCAUGCUUAUAUUCUCUGCCUAUUGUCCUCCAAUAGUAAUUCUAAGGGCCAAUAGCUUCACAAUUCUUUUUACCAGGUCAUCUUUAACAACAUGCAGUGUAAAUAAAUGUCUGCUCUGCAUUGUCAGAUUGUGGUUUCAAACCCUCCUUCAGCAUAUAAAUACAUAUUCUGGACUACAAAUUCAACGUCAUCAUUUUAGAGGUAUUAUUCCUGGGAUAAGAAAAUAGACCUGCCUGUUAAAUAUCAAAGAUCCCCAAGAUAAAUGCAGAUUUUAUCCCUUGUACCCUGAUCAAUAUGUGCCUUUCAAUUUACAUCUUUAAAUCUAGAUUAUCCUGCUAUUUAUUUUAUUAUGGCUCGUAUGGCCUCAAUCUACAAAAAUAAUUCACAUGUUUUUUUGCUAAUGCAAUAAUUACACUUCAGAAAUACUUUAUUGGCUGCAAACCAUUCUGGAUGCCCUGAUGUUGUGAAAUGGUGAUUAGAGUUACUAGGUCUUUCUAACUUUAUAUCGGUUUCAAGAUUCUUUUUAAUAUUAUUGUAAAUGUAGAGCAUUUCUUUCCUUCUGAUUCAUUAAAGAGAUGUAAAUUUGUUCUUUUUAUAUAUUUUUACCUAUAAACCACUAUAUAUAUCCUGAUCUCAUUUCAGAGGACCCCAUACCGAGCUGUGACGUAUCUGCUUAGGAUGCUUCAUAUGUUUUGUUUUGUUUUUAUUUCAAUGUUCCAGCAUUUUCACUUUUCAAUAACUAUGGUGUUACACGGCUGAAGCAACAAACUGAAUGUAAUCAUGCUUAUAUUCUCUGACUAUUGUCCUCCAAUAUCAUCUGUUGCCAAAACUAACUCUAUUGUCAACCACCCUUUUGCCAAGUAAUUCCUAUUUCUGCUGUGUCCAAGCAUAUGUUGUGCUCCCUUCUCUAGAUGUAUAUGCUUUUAAAUUUGUCCAUGUAAUAUGUGCCUUGAUAGUUGUCCAAUACAUUGCAAAUAACUCUCUCUUUGUG